CCUGGCCUGGUCUGGUCUAGCCAAGGCUCUCAAGUCUAAUCUCUCUCCUUUGCCUUGCCAAAGGCAGCUUCUGCGUGCCCCCUCCUCUUUUGCUGUUGUCUCUGCCUCGCCUUUCCGGCUAUGGCGAGCAGGUCUGCUCUGCCCCGGCACGUUUCUCCCUUCUUUACAUAGCUUCACUGCAAUCCAAUGCGCUCAUUUCUGUGCGCUCCCUCCCUAUUCCAUGUUCAAUCAAGACUUUUCCCAGCUACGUCGCCACCACUGCGCGUUCACUCUGCUGCAGUCUUUCGAAGUUUUUCUUCGUCGCAUUAGCGGUGUAGCUGUGGUUUAGUUGAUAGCACAGGGUAGCAGUGUCGCAUCCUUCUUUUGCUUGGAUUGAGAGGGAUCGUAAAAGAUUUGGAGGUUGCAAAUGGGGCGCAAUUCGGCUACCGAGGAAGCUCGGUCAGGGAGUCGCACGGAAAGAGGAUGACGGCUCACUUAGCUGAAAUUUUCGAUUAGGUGGAAGCUGAGGGGGAGCUGUAGGGAAUUGUAUCCUAUUCAGGACGAAUAGAGCGUACUUCCGGGUUCUGGAUCCUCUCAGAGACGAAGAGGAAGGGAUAGUUGCGGUAUUUUCACAGGGGAUUGAUUUAAAUUGUUGUGGGAGCUCUUAGAGCUUGCGGAAAAGUUCGGGUUCAUACGGUGUCUCAGUUAGAAGAGAGAAAAACUAUGUGCCUGCGUGCAUUUUCGGAUAUCGAGCUGCGCUUGCCGUAAUGUCAUUUAAUUGAUCUCGAGCUCUACACAUUUGCUCCCCCUCUCAUUGCCUUCUGGCAAUGUAUCUGCUACAUUCACUGUAGCGUUGAAUGCGUACCUAUCUGCGCUUACGUUUUAUCAGAACCGAAUCGUUCUCUUAGCCACCGCGCAUCUGAAGCACUUUCUUCUUAGAUGUUGAAAGGUGGAAAGUUGCAUCCAAUCCUGGUGCCAUCGGCAGUAGCGAUACUCGAAAACAUAUCAAGCCUUCAAGUGAUUUGUAAGCUUGCGGAGGACUGUUUCAUGGGGCAGGUUAAUCCUGGUUCGCUGUGCGUUACGGUUGUUUAGAAGCACAGCUAUUUUGUGUUGCUGCUCCUCUCGUUGAAUUGCACAUCACCAUCUUGUAAAACCUCGUGUCAGUAGCAAUUAGCACCGGAAACGUAAGCAGACAUUUACCAUCUCAUAGGGCGCAUUUGUAUUCGCGAAACGGGUCGGAUAGUUGAAUCGCAAAUAUCUGUCGUUUCUGUUCUAGAGCUUUGGAAACUUUGCAUCGCCCAGUGAAACAGCCAUCACAGACAGUGGUGAUGCUGACAUACAUAGCAGUCAAUACUUCUGCUUACAGAUUGGAUCAUUGGUGUUGAACCGCCUGAUGUCUGUGGUCUCACAAGGUACAUCAGCACACCAGCUUCAGAUGCGCAAUGGCGGAGAUUCAUACAGAGAAAAAGUUUAGCCCCAGCAGUUUCAGUGCUUACCACGGGGGAGCUCUCAAUGGGAAAGUGUCUGGAACUACUCAGACCGGGAAGAUAGACCGCUUUCAGGGAUGGUCUAGGUUCAAUGGGGCUCAUCUCGACGAGCCUCGGAUCAGCAGCUUCUCAAGGGAGGAUUCUUUCUCGUAUAGCUCUCUUUACAAAGAAAAACCACAUGAAAGCGAUGUGAAAAAAGACCAAAGACAGAGCACUGUAACUGCCGGGAAUGGAAAUGCAUCCAAAAGUUCCUUGAGGAACGGUUCCAAAGCAUGUAGUAGCAGCCAUGAGCCUGUCAGUGCUGUGGUUGAUGUAUCUACAGCGGAAGGUAAAGCUUUACGCAGCAGUGGAAGUGGUGUUCCUCCUCUAGCCGGAGGAUCGCCGGGCGCCAACAGAUCUGGUAAUUCUACCCAACCGAAUUUGAGAGACGAGAACAGUGCUGCCUCUUCAGGCCUAGUAGUGCAUGGGAGGAGCAGCUCUAGCGAUGACAGCUUAAACAAAGAUCACCACGGUACGCAUAGACGUCGAAUGUCUGAUGUUGGGACUGUUACUGUGGAUUCGUUGUUCAACGGAGAACCUCGUAGAAACGUCAGCGGAGAGAUGUCUUCCAGCGGAAGCAGUACUGGUGGGAAUACUCCCAAAGUAGGUAAUGACAGUUCUCCAUACUGGAGUCGGAGCGACAGUGGCCGGUUUUCAUCCAAGGAUGGAAGCUCAUGGUCAAGUAGUAGCCCCUCUGUCCUUAAUUUGAAAGUCAGCAGCAGUCCUGUUGUGGACAGCCCUAGUCCAAGGGCAAGCACCUCUUCCAGUGGAGGAAGCUCAAGAGGGAGCUCAGUUGCGGGUAGUCCUACCGUGGGCAGAGCAAGCAGUACUGGGAAUUUGUUUGGAAAAGCUACUGGUUUAGCACCAUCGGAGUCUACCCCUACAACCAAUUCUAGAAGCAGCAGUUGCAGCAUUGGACAGUUGCGCGGAGGGUCGUGUAAUGUAGGAGCGUUGUCAACAUCAGGAGGAAAUGCCAAAUCCGCUGUGCCAAAUAAACCAGCCCAGAAUGUGGGUUUUCCUGCGCCUGUUGGAAUCAUAUGUGGGCCUAAUCACUCGAGACUCUCAAUUGGAGGCGUUACAGAAAAUGGUGGAAAAUCGAAUGGCACAGCAGUGAAACCCUCUUAUUCCCCCGUGAAGCCAGAUGGGCUAAGAGCUUCAGCCGAUGCUGGGCGUGGAAACAUAAUUGCUGUUGGAGAAAGCUUGUUGAUAAAGCGAGUGCUCGCUAGUAGUGAUCCUGAGGAAGUCAAGAAUGCAGGAAAUGAUCAGUACAAGAAGGGGAGUUUUGUUGACGCGCUCUCUCUCUAUGACCGCGCUGUUUCCUUGGCUCCAGGCCGUGCCUCAUACAGAAGCAAUAGAGCAGCUACGCUUAUAUGUCUUGGUCGGCUGACGGAGGCUUAUCAGGAGUGCGAAGAAUCAUUAAAGCUGGAUCCUCAGUAUGUGCGUGCCCUGCAACGGCUUGUGUCCUUAUGCAUAAGAUUAGGUCGAAUAGAGAGAGCAAAGAAGAUCGUAAAAUCCAACGGUCAGCACAUUGAAAUCGGAGACAUUCAAAAAGUGGAUAAAAUAGAAAAUCAUUUGAUAAAGUGCUUUGACGCUAGAAAAGCUUCUGAUUGGAGCACCGUUAUAAGAGAAAGCGAAGGUGCCGUGGCAGCUGGAGCAGAUUCUGCACCUCAGAUUGUGGCUCUGAAAGCAGAAGCCUUGGUGAAGCUUUCCAAACCUGAGGAAGCGGAUGCAGUUUUACAAGGUGCUCUAAAGGGGGAGAAUUUGAUGAGGAAGUCUAGUAGCAGUUCUGCUGACACGAACAUUCUGUGUGUCAUGGCUCAGAUUAACAUGUCACUAGGCAGGUUUGAUGAUGCAGUUACAGUUGCUGAGAAGGCAGCCCUUCUUGAACCGCAUAAUCCUGAAGUCUCAGAUCUUCUGAAAAAAGCACGAGCCGUGGCUACUGCUCGAGCUACUGGUAACGAUUUGUUCAAAGCAGACAGGUGGUUGGAGGCGGCUAUAGCAUAUGGUGAAGGCUUACAAUAUAACCCCACCAACGCAGUAUUGUUGUGCAAUAGGGCAGCAUGCAGGUCGAAACUUGGUCUGUAUGAAAAGGCUAUUGAAGAUUGCAAUGCGGCUCUCGAUGCUUACCCUAAUCACUUGAAGGCUCUUCUUAGGCGAGGUCAUUCUAAUUCCAAGUUGGAGAGGUGGAAAGACGCUCUGCGCGAUUAUGAAAUAUUGAAAAGGGAGUUGCCUGGGGAUGCGGAAGUUGCAAGAUCUUAUUUUGAUGUUCAAGUGGCUUUAAGGAAACAUCACGGUGAAGGGAUACUUCCCAAGUGGUUCGGGGGUGAAAUUGAAGAUAUCACCAGCAAUGAUCAAUUAAGAGAGGCUCUCUCACACCCUGGCAUCGCAGUAGUGCUAUUUAGUUCGACGUGGAGUGAGCGGUCCAGGCAAAUAGUUCCGGUCGUGGAGCAACUCUGCAAAAAGAAUCCCACUGUGAACUUCCUCAAGGUGGAUGUUCAAACCAAUGCAUACCUGGCAAAAGCUGAGUCAGUCGAAUUUGUUCCCACGUUGAAGAUCUACAAAAAUGGAUACAAGGUGAAGGAGUUACUAGGCCCCAGCCAAGAAACUCUUGAGCAUGCUGUCAGCCAUUUUAGCCACUAGAUGAUUAUCCUCCAUUCUUUAAAAACAUUUGAUCCAGAAUAUUUCGUUUGUCAGCAAAAUAAGGGCAUUUCAAGGUAGGAUCCAUCUGUGGCGCCCCUGCCUGGGGAUCCGCCUGAUUGUUUCUCUCUCUGAAAGGCCCCAACCUGCUCUGUGAUCUUGCGAUUCUGGCAGCUUUUUGUUGCGGCUGCUCGAUUUUUCUCUUCAUCUUUCCUAUCCUCAGAUGCAAUUUUUUUUUUUCUGCCCAGUCUCCUUCUUCACCAUUGAUGGUAAAUAUAUAAUGUGAUUGAGAUAGCAGCCCCACUCCUUGUAAAGUGAAGGUUUUUAGUGACCUCUCUUCCAUGUAUAAGAGCAAAGGUUGUAAUGUUAUCUUGCUCCAUUGUUGCCUA